AUGGCGAGCACGUCGGCGGAGAUCAUCGCCUUCCUGCUGACCAUCUCGGGAUGGGUGCUGGUGUCCUCCACGCUGCCCACCGACUACUGGAAGGUGUCCACCAUCGAUGGCACGGUCAUCACCACUGCCACCUUUUGGGCCAACCUCUGGAAGACCUGCGUGACCGACUCCACCGGCGUCUCCAACUGCAAGGACUUCCCAUCCAUGCUGGCGCUGGACGGUUACAUCCAGGCCUGCAGAGGAUUGAUGAUCUCCGCUGUCUGUCUGGGCUUCUUCGGUGCCGUUUUUGGACUGGUUGGGAUGAAAUGUACAAAAGUCGGAGGCUCUGAUCAGACUAAAGCAAAAAUAGCUUGUCUAGCUGGACUGAUUUUCAUACUCUCUGGGUUGUGCUCUAUGACUAGUUGUUCCCUGUAUGCAAACAGGAUUACGUCUGAGUUCUUUGACCCUUCUUUUGUUGCACAAAAGUAUGAAUUAGGAGCAGCUUUGUUCAUUGGAUGGGCUGGAGCAUCACUCUGCAUAAUUGGUGGCAUUAUAUUCUGCUUCUCAAUAGCUGAAAACAGUAAUGCUGCAAGGAGGGGGUAUGCCUAUAAUGGAGCCACAUCUGUGAUGUCUUCUCGUACAAAGGUGCACAACAGCGUCCCUGACAAAAGCCCACCCAAGCACUUUGACAAGAACGCCUAUGUUUAGUUGCACUGUUGGAAGACUCAAAGCGUUUUUAAAUGUGAUUUUGUACGUUUCAUUCAGAGUGAUUCCCCCUACCCCAAGCCCUAUGUACUUACCACUAAGACAAUGACUUUUAAAAAUAUUAACUUGCAGCUUUUUACAUACUGAUGUAAAUUUUAUUAUAUAAUAUUUGAAGAUUGAUGUUGGUAUUGUAAAGUUUAUACCUGGAAAUCAUGAGCUGAUGUUGCAUUCUUGAAAAAAAAAAUAAACGAGGUAUUUA